AUGACCGAUACUUAUAAAGUUUUGAAGCUCCUGGGCAGUGGUGCCUUCGAGGAUGUAGUAGAAUGUGAGAAACAUGAAACUGGCGAGAAAGUAGCCGUCAAAAUGCUCAAAAAAGGACUCCAUUCCUACGCAGAUGGUCUAGCUGAGAUAGACAUGCUGUUCCAGCUCAACAAGGAAAACCCAGACAAAUUCAAUGUAGUGAAAGCAUUCGAGUUUUUCAUGCAUGAGGAUCGCCUCUGCCUUGUAUUUGAGAUGCUGGAAAUGAGUCUGCUAGCCUUCAUGGAGCAAAAUGAAUUUUGCCCAUUACCUGUUAGGUACAUCCGCCCUAUCGUACAGCAGGUGGGCACAGCACUUGCAAAGCUGAAGAGUCUUGGAAUUAUCCACACAGACUUAAAGCCAGAGAACAUCAUGCUGGUGGACACGUCCAGGCACCCAUUUAAGGUCAAGGGGAUCGACUUUGGAUGUGCAUUCCACGUGUCCGAGGCAGAAUGCUCCAGUUAUCUGCAAACAAGACCUUAUAGAGCUCCUGAAAUUAUCCUGGGAUUACCAUUCUGGGAGGCUAUAGACAUGUGGUCUUUGGGCUGCAUCACGGCAGAGCUGUUUACAGGAUGGAUGCUAUAUCCCGGAGGAAGCGAAUAUGAUCUGAUCCGAUUCAUCACCCACACUCAGGGAUUGCCACCUCAAGGCAUGCUGAGCAGAGGAACAAAGAUGGAUUAUUAUUUUAAUAGAGACAUGGAUUCCUCGCACUUAUCAUGGAGAUUGAAGACUGUCAGAGAAUACAGACGUGAGACUGGAAUGUAUCCUGCAGAAAACAGGAAAUACAUCUUCAACUGUCUUGAUGACAUGAUGCAGAUACAUUUACCAUCAGAGAAUGAGAGCAGUGACAUACUGGUGGAGAUGGCAGACAUAUGGCAGUGUCUGGACCUGAUAAAGCAGAUGCUUACUAUGGAUCCAAACAAGAGGAUAACUCCGAUGGGAACUCUUGGCCAUGCCUUCAUCACAAUGGCUCAUCUAGAGAACUUUUCACAGAGCUCAUAUGUAAAUCCCUGCCGUCAGACAAUGGAGAUCAGCAAACAGCAGGUAAGACUCUACUUAAUACAGGAAGUGUGUCAGGUUCCACCAGAAAUGGGCACCGAGGAUCGGGAUGAGGACUAUAAAACACCUCAGGAAGAAGAAGAUCCAAAUAAGAAGAUAAAAGUAUGUCAGGUUCCACCAGAAAUGGGCACCGAGGAUCAGGAUGAGGACUAUAAAACACCUCAGGAAGAAGAAGAUCCAAAGAAGAAGCAUGCAGAGGCUCCUAAAUUUGCAAACCAGGUGGGUAUAAUAAGUGACAUAUCUAACCAAACUGAGGAUGAGCCCCUGGAAACGUACAAGAUCCCCCCAGCAGCCGAAAUGGAGACCCAAGACCAGCAGGAAGUGUGUCAGGUUCCACCAGAAACGGGCACCGAGGAUCGGGAUGAGGACUAUAAAACACCCCAGGAAGAAGAAGAUCCAAAGAAGAAGAUAAAAGUAUGUCAGGUUCCACCAGAAAUGGGCAUCGAGGAUCAAGAUGAGGACUAUAAAACACCUCAGGAAGAAGAAGAUCCAAAGAAGAAGCAUGCACAGGCUCUUAUAUUGGCAAACCAGAUGGGCAUAAUUAGCGAAAUAUCAAUCCAAACUGAGGAUGAGCCCCUGGGAACGCUCGAGAUCUCCCCACCAGUCGAGAUGGAGAUCCAAGGCCAGACCCCAUCAAAGCUGCGUCUCCAACAGCAUCGACAAGAGGUUCGAGUCAAUGGACAAGUAGCCCAAGGGUUACGGGACACAGGCACUACCAUCACUCUGGUCCAGCAACAUUUGGUCAAGCCAGAGAAUUUUUCCAACCACACUGUUGCUCUACGAGUAGCCAGAGGAGCUGUAUUCCGCCUCCCAACUGCCCGUGUCCACCUGAAUUGGGGUACCGGAUUUGGCAUGGUCACAGUAGGGAUCAUACACAACAUGCCUGCCAAAGUCCUAUUGGGCAAUGAUAUUGGACCCUUGACUUCAGCCUAUCUACCUACUCCAGCCGCUAAAGCCUGUCCAGUGGCUACCCGUUCACAGGCUCGCCCCAUGGAGAACCGUUCACCAGGCCGGGAGACCCAGGUGAUUACUGAUUAUCGUCAUACGCCACAUCAGCGUUCAUUUUCAUACAGUAACAGAUGA